AUAGUUGCUAUAGUUAAAAAGAAAUUGUACUUGCAUUACACCGCUGUUAUAAUUUGCUGGCCGUUAGAGCAGUACUUGGAAACUCAACCCAACCUAGUGUCUGACAGCAGGUAUAAUCACAUUCCAAGGAGCAGAUUGACAGCCAGUUGAUGAGAAAUGUUAAAUAUGGAGCUUUGCUUUCUUGGUUAAGUCAUUGAAAAAGGGCGUGAAGAAGGAAUUGCUUUUGAACUGCUGUUUCUGGUUUCUCAUGUUUUGUUUUUUUUUUUUUUAUAGUAGCAUAAGCUGAGGCCUUCAUCCUAAGUAACAGAUUAUUUACUAGAUUCUUUGCAAACAGAAAGUUUUAGUGUAGUAAAGUCCAUUACGGAAAAUAAUGAAAUUGUAAGUAAAUAGUUUAAUGCAGUUCAUUUUUGCUAAGACUCACUGUAAUAUAUGAUACUGUGAUAUAUGAUAUGUGAUAGCUGAUUUUACAUGGUAACCAAGGACUUAGAGCGUCGCUGUGAUAGUAAUACUGGGAUAAUACCAGUUAAUGAUCCUUCUUUAUUUUAGUCUCUAUACUUAUGUUUUCAAUUAACUUAAAGUCUUUUCAUAUUAAAUGUAUACACUGCAUUUUCAGGAUGUGAAUGUAGAUGCACAAAAUGCAAAUGGCUUUUUAUUCCAAGUGUAAGAACUUCACAGAAAAUUUAAAUAAUCCUUUGCUGACAGUGAUGUUCCUCUAGAACAAGUUAUCAGUAAAUGCAUCAUGCAUUGAUUAAUAAUAACAACUGGCAUAAAGGAAAUUUUGUUCUUAAUUGCAAGGUUAGAGACCUCAGUCUCUCGUGUCUCUUGUAACCUGUAGUUACCCUUACCUGAGUGAAGCUUCAAUUUUAAUUGCAAAGACUAAGUUUUUCAGGUAGGCCAGAUUAUUUCUUUUUUCCAAAGAAGUAGAAGUCAUGGAUCAGGGAACCCUUGUUAUUUUUAACCCAGUUUUAUCUACUGUUGCAAUAGUAUACUUAUGUUUUAUGGUUAUGCCCAUGCAGUAUGCCAGAUCUGUCAUCUUAAUCAGUUUUAUGCCAAGAAAAGUAGCUCAGGUGCAGUUGUAAUGUAGAGGUCACAUGUAAUUUUUGUUGCUUCUUUACAGUCUUCACAUUCCCUGUAUGAUAGGGCUGCGAUUCACAAUCCCUGUUGGAUUUGCUCUGGCAGCCAAGGCAGUUGAUGUCCCCUAACUGUGAGAAAGACUCCAUGUACUGCAGUUCAGUGUAAGAGGUACUGCCUUUCAUCUAUCGUGCCAUUGGUUCAAAGCAUCUUCCUGCCAGUAACAUCAGUUUUGUUCAUCUUGAUUCCCAUCCAGACCUUCUUAUUCCUGUUAAUAUGCCUGCAGAUACUGUAUUUGACAAAGAAACUCUUUUUAGUGAAUUAAGUAUUGAGAACUGGAUUAUGCCUGCUGUUUAUGCUGGCCAUAUUUCUCAAGUAGUAUGGCUUCACCCACCCUGGGCUCAUCAGAUCUCAGAAGGAAAACACAGUUUUCUUGUUGGGAAAGACCUGUCAACAACGACAAUCAGGGUUACAGGCACAGAUCAUUACUUUUUAAGUGAUGGUCUUUAUGUUCCUGCUGAUCAGCUAGAAAACCAGAAGUCCUUAAAUUUACAUGUCAUUCUCAUCAACCCUAUUGAAUCAUCUAAUGGCCAUGAAGAAAAUGGUGAAGUAGCAUCUGCUAAAAGACUGAAGCUAAAUACAGAUGACACAGCAAGCACCACUUCUGCCUCUUCAUCAAUGGGUCUUGGUGACCUUGAUAACAGCACCCCAAGUGUGAAGCAAAAGGAAGUACCAAAUGCAAGUGCCCUGAAUAGGGCAGGAACCUCGCCAGAGUGCUCAGCUUCAAGCUGUCUCAAAACCAGUGAAUGCCCAAUAAGGGAAGUUGUUAAAGAUAUCUGCCAAGUGCUGCAGAAAGGGGAUGCAUAUGUUUUGGACAUUGACUUAGAUUUUUUUUCAGUUAAAAAUCCAUUCAAAGAAAUGUACACACAGACAGAAUAUGGGCUCUUGCAAGAGUUGUACAAUUUCAAGAAGCCGCACAAAAAUGCAACAGAGGAAGGCUUGCUGGAUUGUGUUGAAAACCGUGUUCAUCAGCUGGAAGAUCUGGAAGCAGCAUUUGCAGAUUUGUGUGACAGUGAUGAUGAAGAAACUCUCCAGAAAUGGGCUUCAUAUCCUGGAAUGAAGCCACUUGUUCAACUAGUUCACAGUUUGAAAACCAGGAUGGAAAGCCCAGACUAUGAAAUGGUACAUCAGGCUGGUUUAACCUGUGAUUAUAUGGAGCUUCCUCACCAUGUUAGCACUGAAGACGAGAUCGAAGGCCUCAUACAAUCCGUUAAAGUUCUACUAAAAGAUAUGCCCAAGCCCACGCUUGUGACUGUUGCUCGAUCAAGUUUGGAUGACUAUUGCCCUUCAGAGCAGGUUGACAUGAUUCAAGAGAAGGUUCUCAAUUUACUCGGUUCGGUGUAUGGCUCUCUGAAUGUGCACUUAGACUACUCAAGCACUUCAUCUUCUUUGUGACCUUGCUUCAUGUAUUGCUGUCUAAUGCAGUGGAUUAAUUUAAAUUGCAUAUUAGCUAUGGUUACAAGGGGAAAACUACUGUUAUUUCACCAGGUGGCACUAGAACCCAAGCUGACCCAGAGCUAGUUUUGAGUUGCAUUACUUUCUCUAAGUCAGCUACAUUUGAACUGUUCGUUACCUGUUUGGCUUUGUUUAGAUUAGUUCUGUGAUUAUUAUUUUUAUUGUCUUUCUUCUUAAAAUUGGUGCAAGAGAAAUGACUUUUUGUCUAUAAAAUGACACUUUUUGUCUGAUUUCUUUGUGUCUGUAAAAAAAACAUAAAAUAUAUAAUUUUUUAAAAUAAAUAGAUAUCUUUUAUGUAAUUAAACUUUUUUUUUUAAUUGAGUUUGGUGAGUAACAGAAUUUGUUCCUGAGUUGCAUUAUAUCUUUUAAAAAAUUAUCUGAAUAAUGCCCUUAAGACUGUAGGUUUACAUAGUGAUCUCUCGUAAUUUUUGUACUUGAGAUGAACCUCUCAUUUCUAUAGAGCAGCUUAUGGCUUCUGCCCUAUCCACAGAAUAUCAUUUAUAUUUAUACUCUCUUUCAUUAAUAUUGUCUUAUUUUGCCUUAGUAUUUCAUUGGUGACUCAUAUGAUGUCCUUAAUGUACAGACAUUGGCUUGAUAUUUUCACUUUUACAUAAUUUUGAGGAUAAAAAGUAUGUUUACAUGUGCAUGCUUUUAUCUUUGGAAUCCUGUAAGGAAUUGAAUUGAUAGUUUCUUCAGAAACAAAGAUUUAGCCUCAUUGAAGUCAGCAGCAAAAUCUUCUGUACCAGUUUUUUGCUCAUUUCUGUAUUGCUAUUUGGAAAAUAACAGUUUUAGAAAUGUUUAAUUUAGAAAUCAAUAUAGUUAUAGAGAAAACUGCCACUUUCAGAGAUAAAAACCCCACAGGAUUUAUUUGGGAAUGAAAAUGAAAUGGGAAAGAAAAAAAUGCCACCUAGAAUAUUGUUAUUUGUUAUGAAUAUAUUUUGCGUGUAAUUUCUUCUGAAAUAGUUAGGUUCAUUUGCUAACAUUACUCUUUGCUCUACCAUGACUUUGUGCACUUUUAUGGUUUUUUAUUGCUUCUGCUGUUGAUAUAAAUUACUGUAUUAUAGAUUGCAAAUAUAUAAUCAUUCUAAAAUAUUUCUUCCAGUAGAAUAAAUUCCAUGACCAUGGACCCGCCUUCAUUGUGUUUUUGUGACACAUCUGUCACAAAGACAUGCCUAGCCUGGGACCCAGUUUCCUUAAUACUUCAUAAAUUAUGAACAGCCAUACCUUACAUAUAGAAAUGAAGUGCAGUCAGAUCAUGAUUGUGUAAAGAUUGGGGUUUUUUUAAAGUUAGAGAUGCUUCUUGCUGGGCUUUGCAUAAGGUUGUAGAAAACAAAAAAACCCAAACAUGUAGGGCACAGCUGAGCCCCUCAACCACGGCCGGGUGGGCGAGAGCCCUGGGGAAAGCUUGGGCAAGGGAGAUCAAAACACUGCCCGGCAGCCAGGGCUGAGGGAUCCAACUGGGAGAACCUUUAGCAUGGACCAAACUCAGCAAUGUUUGCAUCUCUGCCUGGGUGCUGCUUUGGGGAUUCCUUGGUUGGUGAGGUAACAAAAAU